UUCGUACGGCGGAGGUGUCCGCGGAUGUUUCCGGUAUUCAUGAAUGCCUCGGUGAAGGAGCGCGCGGUUCCUGGAGAAAAACAGCAGCAGAGAGAGAGAGGGCGCCUCGCGGGGUGUAUUGUCCACCCACCAAAAAUAUCCUGCACACAUUGCAGCGUUGAAGAAAAACGGCGCCAGUUUAAUUUUUUUGUAUUUUUUUUCUCCCGAUCUGCAGCAACAACAAAAUAAUUAAAAAAUAAAUAAAUAAUAAAAAAGACGCUGGGAUAUCUCUGAUCAAUCAACGUGUGACUGACUCGCGCGCACGGGCCGUUGGAGGAUCGAACAAACAAACCGUUAGUUUCAGUUAGUCGCGAGCGGAGCUAACCGUUAGCAUAUAAGCGGGUAACAGCAGCAGCGAUGUCGGGUGUUGUGCGAGGCCCAGCCGGGAACAACGACUGCCGAAUCUACGUGGGGAACCUCCCGCCUGACAUCCGCACGAAGGACGUGGAGGACGUGUUCUACAAGUACGGAACGAUCCGAGAUAUCGACCUGAAGAACCGGAGAGGGGGCCCGCCUUUCGCCUUCAUUGAGUUCGAGGACCCCAGGGACGCCGACGAUGCAGUUUAUGGGCGCGAUGGUUAUGACUACGACGGCUACAGACUGCGUGUGGAGUUUCCCCGGAGCGGCAGAGGCUCCAGAGGCGGCUUCGGUGGGAUCGGCGGAGCUCCCAGAGGCAGAUACGGGCCUCCGUCCAGACGCUCAGAGUACAGGGUGAUUGUGUCGGGCCUCCCUCAGAGCGGCAGCUGGCAGGACUUGAAAGACCACAUGCGUGAAGCAGGCGACGUGUGCUACGCCGACGUUUUCAGAGAUGGAACCGGAGUUGUAGAGUUUGUGCGCAAAGAAGACAUGACCUAUGCCGUUCGAAAGCUGGACAACACCAAAUUCCGCUCACACGAGGGAGAGACUGCUUACAUUCGUGUGAAAUUAGACGGUCCCCGCAGCCCGAGUUAUGGAAGAUCACGCUCCCGAAGCCGUGGCAGCCGGAGCAGGAGCCGCAGUCGCAGCGCCAGCCGCAGCCGCAGCAAUUCCCGUGGCCGUGGCAGAGGAUCCCCCCGCUACUCGCCUCGUCACAGCCGCUCUCGCUCCCGUUCCUAAACCUUUCUACCACCGAUGUUUUGCCCUUUUGAUGUAUUACCCUCCUGUUUUUACCUCUUUAUGAGUUUCUCCAGAUGUCAGCCAUUGAUUUUUAAUUUUCGCAUUUCAUGUCCCGAUGUCCUUGUGGAUGAUCUUGGUAUGUAGAUGUACCCCUCCACCCCCUUCCCUCCCUCUCUCUCCUCCCUCGUUCACCCUCUUUCCCUCCUCACCCGCCCUCUCCAGCUGCUUUGUCCUUUUCGUUUUCUCCCCCCCUCUCUCUCUCUCUCUCUCUCUCCCCUUCUUUCUGUCCUCUCAAAUUUUUUGGCGACAAUAGAAAUUGUGCUGUGUUGUGCUUCAAAAACCUUGAGUUGUUAUAACGUGCACUCAAUGUUUUUGCAAGUAUUUAAAAUUGGGAUUUUGUUUUUUGUUUUGUUUUUGUUUUGUUUUUUUUAAAACAAUAGCUUCUCAUUGGAUAAUGUGGGGUGGGCUGUUUUGGACGGGGAAGCCCGAUGCUUAACUGUAUUUUACCCUUGUGUCUUCCUUUAGACAUCUGAAGAGAAGGAUUAAAGUGAUUUGGAAUAAAACCA